UGUUUAGCGGCUUUUACAGACUGCUUUCCUUUGAGCAGCUGGCACAGAGAAUAGUGGCGUGACGCUCUUGGUCUUACGGGGACGUUUUACGCCUUUCCGUUCUGCUGCGCAGCCAGGGUUGCUGUGCGACAGAAUGCACCCACACCCGACAUCUUUGCUGAAUCAACCUCGGCAGAAGAGAGCUCAACAGAAACUGGAACAUCAGCAUGAUUCAUACGCUGAUGACAGAGAAAAACAGGAGAGUGGCGUAAGAUCAUUAGAGCAAGGCGCUCGUCUUGGAAAUAAAUUGUCAUUACCACAACAGCAACAAAUUGUGGUCGCUGUAGAAGGAGUUGUACAACGGACACUGAGCACAACAACAAAGUGCGCUAUACCGCCAGAACAGUCCACCGGCAUCAAGACGUUCUUGUCCUUGUCGUCUCUGGCACCUGCCACGAUGGCCGCAGUACGUCAACACUGCCGCUGACAUCGAUGAAACGGCAAUAGUGCAUGUUCUGACUUCCGGUUUAAGUUCCGUCUUGACGCUACUGAAGCCUAACAGUAAGCCACACAAGUGCAAGGAAAACGGCUAAAGUAGUUCUUUGGUUGAGCUCGCUGUACCGUCCCCUUCUCUCUCGCGCUACCCAUAGUUGUUUCUCGCUCGACUCGAACUGUUGCUCAAUCUUGGAGAACCCUGUAAUUAGCGUGACAAAGGGAUGUUUGCUAUUCAGACAACGAGUAUUGUGCUGCUGCUGCCGUCACUACGAAUAUUUGCGACGACGAACGGUAAUCAUAGCCGUCAACUAUAACAAGCACCAUAGCUCUAUGUCGUAUGUUAACAGGAUCAGCAGACGUGCGCCCUGCAAAAAGCACCAGUUGUUUUUUACUCUUCUGCCUUUGAAUCACCAUUUGUGUCAUUAACCGUUGUGAGAAAGACGAAACUAUUAAUGAAGUAAUAAAAAAAAAAAACGCUAACAAGGUAGUGAACUCGCGGAGUUUAGCUCGCGACCGAGAUAUGUAGAUAUCGAGCAUAAAACCAUAGUAAAAAAGGUUCUAAAUACAAGUAAGGUGCAAUGUUUAUUAUCUAUGAGAGUUUCGUUCCCGCUGACAGGUGUUACGUAUCGAAGCACAGAUCUAUACACACACAAAAGUCUUGCUAGCAAUGGACUAGACGUCAUUCAGCUGUCAGUUAGACGUCGGGACCGAGUGGCUGAGGUUAUAGGAGUGCGCUUGGAUGGGUACGAACGUGCAUACAACAAUGACGACUCGCAUUGCUGCUUCCCGAACGACUACGGGACAGCAUUAGCGACAAAAAAGGGCGCGCUUUUUGUGAUACUUUUUAGGAACAAGCCAUAGAAUAGGUUAGGUGGUUUAACUACGAGAACUAGGUGGUUUAACUAUAAGAAACCUUCAUUCUGGCUAAAGAUAGCAAUCAGUCAAUCAACUAGCGAUCCGAGGACAGCUAGAGACCCUACGAAGCAUUCCACUUCAAACGAGCAAGUGGCCUGGCCUACGACAGCUUGGAAGGACGGCCGCGUAGCGGUAGUAUUAUUGUUCUACGUGCUGCGAAAGGAAAAUACCAACGCCGAGGGAGAGAGCCCGACCAGCGAGGGCAAGUCGACUUGUGCAGCUCCAGCCGGUGGAGAGAGGCAGGCCACCGUUCUAGGGAAGAGAUAGAGCGCUUGUGCCCGGAACGGAUGGAGGACAUCGGCUCAGCUGAUGCUGACGGGAGUUCGGAUCAUUUCAGAUAGAGAUCUUGCUUAGUUUCUGUGUUUGGACCGCAGGCAGAACUUUAUAUCAACGUGAUACCUUCGGCACAGGCAAAGUGAAACAGCAGAAGAGUCAUCCAACAACCUGACGGGCCUGCAGGUGACUACUUAUCGAUCUAUUGCAACUUGUGUGAUACUAUUAUUAUUUUUCAAAGUGAAUGCGUGCGUGCUUCCGUCUGUGUUUGUUAGCUCAACGUUAGUAUCAAAAGCAAACGUGGUAGGCAGCGGGCGGGUCGCCCGGUGCCGCGGGCGCAUUGUCGGGGGCGAUUUCUUUCUGCGACCACCGAUAACAGCAGAAACGGCAGCAAAAAGAAUAAUAAUAACAGUAAAAACGAAUCACGAUGACGAUUGUCGCCAGUCCAGUCGAUUUAUAUUGCACCGGUGCUGCCGAUGUGCCGCCGAAAAGCGUCAACGUGCCAAUGUGCCGGAGACUAUCUUUGCUGUUACCGACUUUCCUAAACACCAUACCUGAACCCCUAUUGCUACUAUUAUUUUUAUUGAUGUUAUUAGUUGGAAAUGCAAUUGGUCAAACAGCACAGCCGAGCGUGCCGCCGGGUCCAGGCAGGUCAACUAUUCCACCAGCGCCUACCGCACCCGCAAGCGCCAAUAAAGCAGAAAAUGGUACACGCAUCUUUUUGCGGUUAGGAACACCCUGCCAAAACGAUACGGAAUGCCCAAUAGUGAAUGCCGUAUGCAUCAAUCAAACAUGUGCGUGCAAAGUGGGAUUUACCACACAAACGAAUGCGUCAGCCGAUGCGUCGUGCAUCUCGCCGCAUCAGCCGGCAGGGCCGCCAUCUAGUGGCAGUGGAGGUGCUGGGGGCGGUAGUGGUAAGAAACACAAUUAUCAGCCAAGCCAAAGUGAGAACAUGAUACCAAUGAUUGUCUGUCUCGCUAUCAUGUUCGUAGGGAUGUGUGUGGCGUUGCAGCUAUUCAGCCGUGCGCGGUUCCGUAAUCAACGGUCCGUGUUCAAUUCGCCGAAUCCGCGUCUGUUGCAUCUUAUGAAAGCCGAUCGUCACGAUAGCAAGAAACGGCGCCAUAGCCACGUCGGCACCGCGUCGCGACGUCCAAGCUGUGCGUCAAAUAUCUCCAUACCACGCGGCUCCCGGCCCGGUUCCCGGAUCGGAUCAAGGGCCAGCAGUCCAGACCUACGAAAACAAGCCGCGCUCAACAGCAUCGCCGUCAUCGAUAUGCAAGCUGCCGCGACCGAAGACAUUAAGGCAAACGUCACCGAAUUGGCCUCGCUCGUGGACAACAGCAAAGCAAAGAUCGACGCUGAACGAGUUGAUGCCUGAGCACUAGAAUAACAACAUUGAUGUUAGUCAUAAAACAGAAGUACAUAGGUCGACGUGAUUCCAUCCAGCAACCUGCAAUUGCAUCCAUAAGCCAUCCACUUAACCUCCGUACGAUAUGCCUUAUCUAUUUGGCUAUCGAGACUUGAUUGAGCCGCCACAAUGAACCACUUAGACAAAGACACCCCCUGAACUGUUUUGAACCAGCUGAAAACGGCGCAUUUUUCAAACCCCCUGCCUAGAGACGAACAAAUAAGAGCAAUCCGAUUUUUAAAAAAUCAGCUAAAGCUAGCUAGCAGCGAAAUGAAAACCAGGCCAAGAAACACUGUUUAUGACAACAAGAAGGAUCAAUUACGCGUUGUUAGAGCUCCAUGCCGUACUACUAUCUGAGCCUGCGUUUGAUCGGUGAAGAUGUCAAAGCAUCAUAAGUGCGACAAAUAAUAACCCCAUAAGGCCAAAUAAACCAAUUCGAUAAACGCGAACAGUUCGGUACAGAAUUCUUAUGUUGGGCAUUCACUUACCUACGAAUAUCGAUUGACCUACAACGUAUCGUCUGAAAACUAUGAGGCGGCCUACAAGUUUGGGCCCUUGCAUACAACAUACAAUUAUAAAGCAAAAAAAAACAAAAAAAAAAAACAAAAAAAGAAGACAAGAGGGAACGCGAAGCAAACGAAACAUAAUACAGUUGAACAUGAUGGAACUAUUUUUACGCGAAAGGCUCUUUAUAUCAGCUAAAUCGUUGAACGUGACGCCUCUUGUUCAUCUACCUAAAUAAUACUGUAGCAUAUGCCCCACGCUCAAAUCUGCUAGUCGUUGCCCUCGCAUCGCUUUACCUUGAAACAGCCAAUGAAGCUAAGCGUUCGUUGCGCUUGCAUUUGGGCAACAAAGAAGUCUUAGCUUCAUCGACUAAACCCAUUACCGACCACGUUCACCUUUUGUCCAGCCCCCAAAGAAAUGAAAUCUACAGCGAAUUUGAAGACGACGCCUACUGCGCCGGCGCGACCAUGGAUGCGACUAAUGUUAAUCAUACCAACACCUAUACUGGCAAUGUGAAAAGUAACAGCACAAGUAAUAACGGGUAUCUACUUGUACAAAGUGAGAGGUCCAUAGGAUUGAGGGGUCAUCGUGGUUGGCGCAAACGCUAAUAUUGGCUUCUAUAUUUCUUCUAUAUGAUUCUUCUUAGCCAUGCGAAAUCUGCUUGGGUGGCAGAGAUACGGGAUGUGACGCAGUCUCUCCUAGCGAAAACAUACGUCAACGAGUCAAACUUCGGUAAAGUC